GAAAUGGAUACGACAACAACAGCGAGCGGCAAGCAAGCAACCCUUGAGGAUUUGAUCGAGUGGCGUCAUAUAACAGAUCAUUGGGUCAAGCGUUCCUGUUCCACCGAAACAAACGAUGCAAUAUGCCCAUCCUGGUUUUAUGCCGAAUUCUGCAAGCUGUGCCGGCAAACGAUUCUGAUUAAAGAAUCGUCACUGGUUGAGUUCUUGCAGUCGCAUUUUCCGGAUUUCGAGCUCGUACUGUCCGCCGAUAACAAUGUUCUGCUCAUGGAUAGCGUGUACGUUUGUUCGCUGCUGCUUUACUUCUCGUGUGUGCGUUAUCCUGUCGCUUACCUGCGGAAUGUGUGCAAACAAUUCAAUGAAUUGCAGCAGCAGAGGAUCAAAACAUUCUUUAAACCCUUUCUCACGGGAAGCAAAAUCAACCGUGGCUUCCUGGAUGCGGCGAUUGUCAAUGCAGUACGAUCCACACCGCUCCCAAUGCAAAUAGGACGAGGCCCGAAAUGGGACGAUGCACUUGCUAUCCCCGAUAGCCCGCAUGAACUGCACUACAAAAAUAAAAAUCUAGAUCGACAACUCCAAACGGCCUUGGCAGAGAAUGCCAACCUCGAGAAACAAAAUGAACAGCUGCAGAGCCAGCUGCACGAGCUUAACGAGAAGAACAAGCGGAUGGUUGUUCGACUGGAAGUGCUGGAGGAAGCUGGUUGCGACCGAGGGGGAAACGAGCAGACGCCAAAAAAAUUUGCCGAUUUCAACGAGCUAUCUCUUCGCAAACAGUUGAUCGAGAAAGACAUGCAGCUGGAGAGCCUGGAGGCCGAAGUGUGCCUUCUGAAAACAACUGAAGAAAGCAUUAAAAUGGACCAAGGUCGCCUAGGAUUCGAAAAUAGAGCCUUGCAAGAGGAGAUUACACAUCUGCAAUCUAGAUUGGAGGCCGUAACGGGAGAAUUCGAAAAAGUCGAGGGCGACAACCGACUUCUACGUGACCAGCUGCUGGAGUUUCAACGUUUUAUUGACGGUAACAGGAUGGCAUCGUCCUGCGAAGUUCUCGACAGCUCAAAUGAUUUUCUUAACAUGUCGUUAAACACCUCUUUAAACCAAAGCUGCAGUCCCGACGGUGAAAGUCUUGCGUCUUCGGUCGUUGAGGUGAUGUUACAAGAAGCAAAAACUCAUAAUCAGCAGCUUCAGAACAGAUUAAAGCAGCUGGAGAAAGAAUUGAAUCUCGUGAAAGAGCAAAAUAUGGCGACUAUUGAAAUGAAUAAUCAGCUUGGCCAGCAAACACUUUUGCUACGGACCGAAAUGAUUGAUUUGCAAGCAAGGCACCAUAUGGCUUUGAAAGCUGAGAAAUCGGAGACCGACAAAUGGCGAAAUGCUUUAGAGGAAAAAAGCGAACAAUACAUGCAACAUCUUCAACAGAUUAAAAACCUCCAAAAGGAAAAGGACGGACUGCUUAAAGAAAUUGAACAGAUAGGCUCAGCAUUGGCCAAGGAAAAGCUAUCGUCUGAAGAAUGGAAGUCCAAAUUGGAAGAAAGAGAUUCCGAUCAUCUUCAAACGGUUGGAAAUCUCCAAAAGGAAAAGGAAGGACUGCUUAAAGAAAUUGAAGAGAUAGGCUCAGCAUUGGCCAAGGAAAAGCUAUCGUCUGAAGAAUGGAAAUCCAAAAUGCAAGAAAGUGAUUCCGAUCAUCGUCAAAGUGUUAAAAACUUCCAAAAGGAAAAGGACGGACUGCUUAAAGAAAUUGAACAGAUAGGCUCAGCAUUGGCCAAGGAAAAGCUAUCGUCUGAAGAAUGGAAGUCCAAAUUGGAAGAAAGAGAUUCCGAUCAUCGUCAAACGGUUGGAAAUUUCCAAAAGGAAAAGGACGGACUGCUUAAAGAAAUUGAACAGAUAGGCUCAGCAUUGGCCAAGGAAAAGCUAUCGUCUGAAGAAUGGAAGUCCAAAUUGGAAGAAAGAGAUUCCGAUCAUCGUCAAACGGUUGGAAAUUUCCAAAAGGAAAAGGAAGGACUGCUUAAAGAAAUUGAAGAGAUAGGCUCAGCAUUGGCCAAGGAAAAGCUAUCGUCUGAAGAAUGGAAAGCCAAAAUGCAUGAAAGUGAUUCCGAUCAUCGCCAAACGGUUGAAAAUCUCCAAAAGGAAAAGGACGGACUGCUUAAAGAAAUUGAAGAGAUAGGCUCAGCAUUGGCCAAGGAAAAGCUAUCGUCUGAAGAAUGGAAAUCCAAAUUGGAAGAAAGAGAUUCCGAUCAUCGUCAAACGGUUGAAAAUCUCCAAAAGGAAAAGGACGGACUGCUUAAAGAAAUUGAAGAGAUAGGCUCAGCAUUGGCCAGGGAAAAGCUAUCGUCUGAAGAAUGGAAAUCCAAAAUGCAAGAAAGUGAUUCCGAUCAUCGUCAAAGUGUUAAAAACUUCCAAAAGGAAAAGGACGGACUGCUUAAAGAAAUUGAACAGAUAGGCUCAGCAUUGGCCAAGGAAAAGCUAUCGUCUGAAGAAUGGAAGUCCAAAUUGGAAGAAAGAGAUUCCGAUCAUCGCCAAACAGUUGGAAAUCUCCAAAAGGAAAAGGAAGGACUGCUUAAAGAAAUUGAAGAGAUAGGCUCAGCAUUGGCCAAGGAAAAGCUAUCGUCUGAAGAAUGGAAGUCCAAAUUGGAAGAAAGAGAUUCCGAUCAUCGUCAAACGGUUGGAAAUCUCCAAAAGGAAAAGGACGGACUGCUUAAUGAAAUUGAACAGAUAGGCUCAGCAUUGGCCAAGGAAAAGCUAUCGUCUGAAGAAUGGAAAUCUAAAUUGGAAGAAAGAGAUUCCGAUCAUCGUCAAACGGUUGAAAAUUUCCAAAAGGAAAAGGACGGACUGCUUAAAGAAAUUGAACAGAUAGGCUCAGCAUUGGCCAAGGAAAAGCUAUUCUCUGAAGAAUGGAAAUCCAAAAUGCAAGAAAGUGAUUCCGAUCAUCGCCAAACGGUUGAAAAUCUCCAAAAGGAAAAGGACGGACUGCUUAAUGAAAUUGAACAGAUAGGCUCAGCAUUGGCCAAGGAAAAGCUAUCGUCUGAAGAAUGGAAAUCUAAAUUGGAAGAAAGAGAUUCCGAUCAUCGUCAAACGGUUGAAAAUCUCCAAAAGGAAAAGGAAGGACUGCUUAAAGAAAUUGAAGAGAUAGGCUCAGCAUUGGCCAAGGAAAAGCUAUCCUCUGCUGAAUGUACAUUCAAAGAAAAUGAACAUUGCAUUCAAGCUUCAAGUUAUGUUCAACAGAUUGACGUUCUUAAGGAAGAGCGAGAUGAGCAGGCAAAGCAGUUACAAGAGCAGCAGUCAAAAUACCUUAAAAUAGAAGAAGAACUGGAAACUGCUAUAAUGGAAACUAAGAAAUUGCAAAUUGUAUUGCAAAAGCAAACGGCAAACCAGAUUGAAUAUGAUCGCAAGAUAUUGGACCUUGAAGGGAAGGUUAAAGAAUUAUAUACUUCGUUGGAAAGUAGCAAAACCCAUAAUACGCAACUACUGAUCAAUCUUGAAGAGAGGGAGGAAAAAAUACAAGAAUAUGAACAACAAAUCAAUCAUUUACGGAACAAGCUAUCGGACGUUGAAUCUCAAUGCAUCAACCUAAUCAACCAGCAUUCUGUCCAGCAAAAUGAACUAUUACAAAAGACACGAAAAAAUGAUGAGCUGAGCGAUACAUUGGCUGGUUUGCAAAACAAAAUGCAAUAUAUGCAAGAAAUGCUGGCAAAGUCGAACAGAUCGGUUGAACAGGCCGAAGAUAGAUUACCGCAAUCGCAACACCAUUUCUCUGGCCCCGAAGUACAAGAAAGUGCCGAACUGAUAAAGGAACUGCAAGCCAAGUACGAUAAAUAUUAUCAUGAUUGCGAAAUCCUCUCGGCCAAGCUGUACAAGGAACGAGUAGCGAAUGAAAAGUGGAAAGAAGAGAUGAUUGCCCUUCGUGAAAGCUACGAUCAGGAAAAACGUGCUACACGUAUCAGCUACGAGGAAAGCAUGGAAAAAAUGAAGGAGCGAAUGAAAAGGUUACACAAAGACUCGAAGGAUGCCGUGGAGCAUAACUACAAAGAAAAGCUGACUCAGCUUGAACUGCGUUGCGCGCAACUACAAGAACAGUUGGCCGAGAAAAACGAGCGAGACUUAGCGAUUCGUAAGGAAAAUCAGGUGCUGCUAGCUAAAGUCAAAACGCUGGAAGAGAACAAAUCCGAACGAAAUGGGAGGUUUCUUCUACCUGCACCAGCCCAGACAUGCCUUCGAGAUAAUCUUAGAAUGGAAGAUGAAGAGGGUGAGCUGUUUAAUGCGACGUACCUGGCCGAUCUCCAAAAUGGCCGGUGUUGGUCGCCAAGUGCGGACACUGUUCGCUACUCAGAGCUGGUGCAACGAAACUCGAUGGUACCACCUCAUUUGCGCACUAACUACGACACACUGUACCCAGAUUGCGACGUGGCCGCAAGUGACACGCCGGACAGCGUUUCGGAAGGCUUUGAUGACAGCUCAACCGGGCUUAUCACACGCCGAAAAGUGAGUGGUACUACCUCGUACAAGCGACCGGGUCCGCCAACGCCAAGCAAAAAGGCCGGCCGCGUUUCGUUCGGAGGCAUCCUGCCGAUCACCAACAACCAGGUUCAGUACAAGGAAGCACUCAAGAACAGAAACUCAAAUUUAGCGGGCAGCUCUUCGGCAACCACCACCAGCCACAACAACAGUGAUCCGUUGAUCAACGACGCCAAAACGUUGGGUCGGACCAAAACGCCUGGCAAGUUUAAGCAGAUGCUCAGUUCUUCGAAUUUGCUUAGCAAUUUUAACCAGCGCAACGAGGUAACUAAGAAGAACUUCUUUCCUUACUACAUCUAAAUGUUGGUGUGCAUCGUGCACAAAUAACAGGUUUUAGUUCAGCAUGGAAAAUAGCAUGGAUAGCCGGACUGUGUUAUCACAUCGUAAUUAGUUUUAAAUUCAUCUUGCAAGCGAUUCCAAAUGCUUUCGAAAACCAAGUUUGUGCUGUGCAUGUUCGACGCACUCUCUGGAUAGGUUGUGAAGAAAUUAAGAUAUUACUGUAUCACAUACGUAUAUGAACAUGAUCGUCCACCUGUAUGCAAUGUUUGGGCCGUUUGGGCGGUUUCGCCCACCUAACACAUUUUAUUAACACUAACCACACGCAGAAUGCCCGGCGUGUUUUAUUGCUCCCAUAAACCUAGUUAUUUCUGAGUAGUAGUUAAACAUAUAAUGUUAACAU